AUGAAGCAACUGUGCCGGAAAAUAGUCCGCGUCAAGAUUAAGUGGAGUGUACUAGAAAAAGUGAGAAUAUUCCGGCAGUUUUUCAGAUUCCUCUGGAACAGAAUUUUUGUUUGUUCAAUAGGAAAGCCUGCGGGGUACAGAAGAUUUUCUCGGAGGUCUGUUUUUAAUUCUUCCGAUUCUUCAUCUCCGCCAUCCACGGCGGCGAUAGAGUUUGGGUAUGCCCAAAAAGAAGAGCCCACAACCACAUGCAGUGGUGGGUACGAGAGUGAUUCAGAUUUAGUCACAUUGAAGAUCAGUAUAUUGGGUGAUUGCCAGAUUGGAAAAACUAGCUUUGUGAUAAAAUAUGUAGGGGAUGAAGAGGAAAAGAGAAGUCUGCAGAUGAAAGGGCUAAAUUUAAUGGACAAAACAUUAUAUGUUGAAGGUGCAAGAAUUGCAUUUAGAAUAUGGGAUGUUGGAGGUGACAAUAGGUCAUUUGAUCAAGUUCCAAUUGCUUGUAAAGAUUCUGUAGCGAUCUUGUUUAUGUUUGAUCUUACUAGUAGAUGUACACUAAACAGUAUUAUUGGAUGGUACAAUGAAGCUAGAAAGUGGAAUCAGACUGCAAUUCCCAUACUAAUAGGGACCAAAUUUGAUGAUUUUGUCCAACUUCCACCAGAUAUCCAAUGGACUGUUGUCACGCAGGCGAGGAGGUAUGCAAAGGCGAUGAAAGCAACCCUUUUCUUUUCGAGUUCAACACAUAACAUUAAUGUAAACAAGAUCUUCAAGUUUAUCAUGGCCAAGCUCUUUAACUUGCCAUGGUCUGUCGAGAGGAAUUUGACGAUUGGUGAACCCAUUAUUGAUUUCUAG